CUAGGCUUCUCGAGUCAAGUCUGUGCCAGGUCUAAGUCAUCGAAUCGCCAGAUGUGGAGCAAAUUUGCAAUCUGCGCACGUAGACGCCUCCAAAAUGUUUUAGCUGAAUUCCAUUCUGGCUCCAAAAGCCAGAGAACCAGUCAACGAUCUUAACUCUGCUCCGAAAGUGCUUACUUGCUUGUUGUUUUGUUUUUAUUUAUAAAUAUUUUGUGGCAUCGUUAAGAAUGCUGUGGUGCAGGGAUGACGCCCGUCUGGGCAUUACCAUUCACGGUUAACUGGGAAACUACCCGACUCCAGUACACUGACUUGGGGAAAACACAUCGCUCUCGGGGCGGCCAUAAAAUCCGCCAGCCUCUGGGCCGAGAGCUCAGUCUCGUUCUAAUCCCAGACCCGCCAAGAUUGUUAAUUGCCAGAGCAUGGAGAACACCGGACUGAUUCGCUUGAGAACCACGAUGCAGAUGCUUUUCGCCGCCAGCCUGCUCAUCCUGAUGACCGCCAUUUACCACGACGACAACGAUUCCGGAUCGCACUACAUCCACCCCCGGCACAGUAUGCAGUUUGGCUAACCCGCCGGUGACCUAGAACCCCCCAGAACCCCAUACUAAGACGCUUAGAAUAACCGGUUGCCAGUUCGACGACAUGUCGGAAGGUAAAUGUACCGCAUAUGGGAUUGCCGCGGCCGGCCGUUCCGCAAAUAGUACCCACAAGUCAUUAAUAAGUUAGUGUAAUAGUUACUAAUAAAUUGAUAUUAUCGGAA